AAGAAUAAACCAUCUAAUCUCUCUCUGAUCUGCCGUACUUUAACAUUAUCAUCAAGGAGACAGAUUGUGAAAGAGAGUGAACGGUAUUUUCAAGAAAAAACUUCGAGAGUUCACACUAGCUGUGAAGAUGAUGCGAGCUCAUAUUGAGGUCAUUCCUUGUAAGAUCUGUGGAGACAAGUCAUCAGGCGUGCACUAUGGGGUCAUCACUUGUGAAGGCUGCAAGGGAUUUUUCCGAAGGAGUCAAUCGUCCAGUGUGCAGUAUUCUUGCUCUAGGCAGAGUAACUGCCUCAUUGACCGGGCCAGCAGGAACCGCUGCCAGAGCUGCCGUCUUAAGAAAUGUGUUGCACAGGGAAUGAGCCGAGAUGCUGUGAAGUUUGGCCGCAUGUCAAAGCGUCAGAGAGAUUCUCUUUUUGCUGAGGUGGAGAGGCAUCAGCAGCAGCAACAACAACAGCAGCGUCUCCAGGCUAGUCAAGGUGAUCCCGACCCUCUGCCCACCUACAAGCCCAGCAAAGAGCCCCGAGGUCGGCCAACACAUUUAAUCCAGCCCCUGGUUCCCACCUUCCCCUACAACCUGGACCCAGAGCUUAACUGCUCUUCAGAGGUUCAUCCAUAUCAGGGUAGUGCCACAGGUGAGGCCCAGGCUGCAGCUUUGGCCUACAGAAGUUCUCAAAGGGGUGGAGAGAGCAGCAGCUUUUCGACACUGAGGGUCUUUGACCACAGAAGAUCUACACCAGAGACCAUUCUGAGCAUUCCAGGAAGUGAAAUGGGAUUACGAGUUUUUGACACUGAAAACUUGUUCUGUCCUUACCCUACGUCAACACACAUAGAGGAGCUGUGUGCAAGUAUUUUCCGCUCUCACAGGGAAACGGGUCAGUAUUGUGUGGAAGAGCUCCAGGCCCUUAGGUGGAAGUUCUUCAGCAGGGAGGAGAUCCUUGCUUACCAAAACAAAUCUGUGGAUGAGAUGUGGCAGCACUGUGCAGUUCGUUUGACAGAUGCAGUACAGUAUGUGGUGGAAUUUGCAAAGCGCAUUCCAGGCUUCCGUCAGCUUGGUCAGAAUGAUCAAAUUGCUCUUCUCAAGAGUGGUUCGAUGGAAGUAGUUCUGGUCCGCAUGAGUCGGAUAUUUAAUAUGGAGAACAGCACAGUCUUUUUUGAUGGCAAGUUUGCUGGAACUGAACUUUUCAAGUCUCUUGCCUGUUGUGAUUUUAUUGCAUCAGUAUUUGACUUCGCGCACGGUCUAUGUGCUCUGAGGCUGACAGAGCAGCAGGUGGCGCUGUUCAGUGCGCUUGUGCUCAUAAAUGCAGAUCGUCCAUGUCUGGAGGACAGAGACAGAGUGCUGAGAGUGAGAAAAGAUGUGGAAUUGGCCCUCAGUCACAUCCUACACAGAGACAACCAAGAAAGUUUACUGCACAAGCUGUACCAGAAGUUGGCACUGUUGAAAAACCUGUGUACGCUGCACAUUGAGAAACUGCGCUGGUUCCGGCAGUAUUUCCCUGUGACUGUGCACUCUCUCUUCCCACCACUUUAUAAGGAGCUGUUUGUCUCAGACACUGAUAUACACACAAUGGUUACUCUCUGAACACAUAUGCUCAAUCGCACAGUUCAUAGAGUACACAGUACAGAGCAUGUAACAGUGUGCACCGAAUCUACACUUGUCUGAAGGAGACAACUAUAUUUUUACAAUUCUGAAGCAAAAACUGAUGUUAAAUGAAAGUAUAUUUUUGUGCAAAUGCCAUUUUAUAAUGUGAAGUGUUUUGUUUAUUUUUAUUCCCCCCCCAAAAAAAAUAAUAAGGUCUGUAGCUUAGUGCAAGUAUUGUGUUAGUCUUUUCAGCUGUAUAAAGGUAGCAUUUUAUACUUAACAAAUUGUUUUCUUUAACAAAUGGCCAUGUGUGUAAAUGUGAUUAACCCAAUUGACCUUGUGUAAAAUCCCUGCUGCCCAUAUUUACUGGAAGACAUUUGAAGGAUCACUGUUACUCAUUUAGAAACUGGAGCAUUGCACUGGAACUGAAUAACUUUUCCACAACAUGUUAACUUCCAACAUGCUUGACUUUCCUCUUUCACACACUGUUGCUUGUCUUAUUUGCACAUAAAGUACUAAGUACUAUAAAAAAAAGUACUAAAUAUCCUGUACGGUGAUAGUAGACUUUUUCAGUUUUGUUUUGAGAUUGUAUGUCAAAACAUGACUGAAAUAAACCAAAGGUUUUAUUUACUAAUUAUACAUUUGCUAAUUAUAACUGGCUAUACACUGCAUUAAUUAAAAUGUUUUGUUUUACAUAUUCAGAAUAUUUCCUUUGAACCCAUUAUUCUAAGUUAGGCGUAUCGACCAUAAUACUUUUCAGUUAUUCUCUGGUUUAAAUAUACUUUUUAUAUGAUUUUAAAGGGCAGUUGGUUUUGUUGUUUUUCACAGUCUGGUUCCUGGCAAAUCCCUUUUCAGUUAAAAGUUACUCAUUAUAAACUACAUCAAGUAUCUAUUUCAUUCUAGGCUUCAUGACAAUCGUUAUUAAGGCAUUGAAUAAUUUCGUGUGAGGUUUUAACAGUUAGGAUGUAAUUGUAGCUGAAUCCAUAAUUAUAUUAGGGUCUUGCGCACAACUGGUGUUUAAACAUGUUAUCACAUAUUAGUAGCACUGCUAAGUAUGAAGCAUGAUAGCAUACAGCCAGUGGCAGAUAAGCCUACAUCAUCAUAUAGGUUUUAUGUUUUUGUAUCAGUGUGAUACACGUGUGGAUCAAGAAGACCUCGUCUCUUGCCACUUGAAUAUUUUUUGUCACUGAUUUCAAAAAUGUUGCCUGAUAUAUUGUAUUACCUUUUCUGACUUUGGCUAAUUGGCUCCUUUAUAUUUUUGAAUCUGUUUUCUAACUUGUAUUAUGCUAUGAGAAAAAGGGCAUUAAAUAAAUACAUAAAAAUAACAAUUUUAUAUAUAUUUUUCUUUUUGUUUAGACAGCAAAAUAAGGUACGUUUUAUGAGUAGUUUAAGGUGAUAUUGAUUGCACACUAAGGUAAAUAAAAAUGGACUUUGUUUAUAUGUAUUUUGAGUAUUCUGUAGGGAUGACAUUCAUUUUGCCACAUACUCUUGUUGGUCACAUUAUUUGAAACACCUUCAUCCCUCCCCAUUCAUGCAACUAACCA